AUGGUGUUAGUACUCGUUAUUGGCGACUUGCAUAUCCCCCAUCGCGUCCAUGACUUGCCUGCCAAGUUCAAGAAGCUUUUGGUGCCUGGCAAAAUCCAGCAAAUCAUUUGUACCGGCAAUAUCUGCGACAAGGAGACAUUGGACUACUUGCGUACCAUUGCAGGCGACAUUAUCGUUGUCAAGGGCGACUUUGAUGAGAGUUCAAGCUUCCCGCAAUCCAAGGUGGUGACCCAUGGUGCUAUCCGUGUAGGUGUAUUACAUGGUCAUCAAGUCGUUCCCUGGGGUGAUGCCGAUGCGCUUGAUAUUACUGCCAGACAAAUGCAAGUCGACAUUCUGCUCACUGGACACACACAUCGCUUCGAAGCAUUUGAAAACAACAAUCGAUUCUUCAUCAAUCCUGGUAGUGCCACAGGUGCUUAUUCAUCCAUUCCCGAAAACAUUGAACCGAUACCCUCCUUUGUGCUCAUGGAUAUCCAAGGCAGUGUGGUGAUCACUUAUGUCUACAAGCUGAUUGAUAAUGAAGUCAAGGUCGAGAAGCUAGAGUAUCGGAAAAGUGAAUCGGGCAAGGUCUUGUAA